AUGCCUUUAUUCAAAGGUACAGAGCCUUUUAGGCGAGCUUUAAUACCAGCUCCUAAAAAGAACAGCAAAGUUUACUAUUGUGAAGAGACGAAAGAAGUUUUCCAGAGUUAUGAGUAAGUUCAUCUUUGUUUUAGGUAAUUCUUUGAAUUUAGAAAACUUUUUGAUCGCAUGCUUAUGCUGAACUCGUCGCUUUGGACUUGUGCGGUUACUUUGAAGUCUGGAUUAACAUUUGAAGAAGCUAUGAAGUCGGAAAAGGUUAGUAAUUUUUUAAAUUUUAGAUGUUUAGGUAAUGGUUCAAGUCCGUUUGAAGCCUAGAUAAUGUUAUUUUAGAAUGCUCAUUCUGGAUUCCCUCUCUAUGGCCAAAGACCUUUGUAUUUUUUUGUCAAGAAUUAUUUCCAAGACGACUCAAUCGAUAAAGUUGUGAAGAAUAUCAUGAAAUGGAUGUCGAAACGUUUCUUUAAAGGAGAGUGGGUCAAGACGUACAAUGUUGAUCGGUUCACAAUGGCUAAAAUUGUGGAUGUUACCUACAAGAAAGUGUGAGUUUUUGGUUUUUACUUAUUUUUUGUUUAGGCAUCUUCCAUUGAGGCAUCCAGAUGACUACACAUACAAAGUUGAAUGUUAUGAUGAAAUCGAAGGUGCAAAUGUUGUCUACGAAUGUAGCCAGGAAAACCUCGAAAGGCUUGACAGUUAUGGGACACAAGAAGCGUUAGUAAAAUAUUUUACACAAAGUCUGAUCAAAGAAGGAGACAACUAUAAUGUUUCGGUAGGACUUUGACGUUUUUUUAGUUUAAUUUAAUAUUUUUCAUGAUAAUAUUUUAUCUAAUUACUUUUCUUUCAGCUAAAGUUGGCAUUGAGUUUGAAGAUUGAUGAAGCAUCUUUCACCGACUUUUUCACAGGUCCUGAUGUGUUUUGCACUCCAGAAGAAUAUGCGAAUGAUACUCAAAAUGAAGUAAAAACAACAUCUAGUGCGUAUGCAUUCAAAGAGAGAGUAAGUGAUGUUAAAUAUUUAGUAAAAGUGCCGUAAAUUUUUAUACAGUAGUCUCUCUAUAUAUUGAAUUAUCUUUAUAAGCAAUUCUCCUUAUAGUAAACAAGAAAUUUGUUCCCGCCAAGUCAAUUUGCACUAAAAAGUGUAAAGACAACACCCUUUAUAGUAAACACGAAAUGUCGGUCCCUUCGGAUUGCUUAUAUAGAGAGAGUACUGUAGAAGUUUAAUUUUUUGUGUAGAGGUUUUAUAGUCUUACAUAUAUAUGGAUUUGUUGCAGGAUUGUUUAAUUCGCAAUUUUUCAGAACGCUAAGAUAAUGCGAAACAAGAUGUUACAAGAGCGAAUUCACAAAGGCAACGAAUCUGUUGAUGAAAGCGAGAUGGAGGUUGUUCAGGUAAGUUUACUUACACUGAUUUGAUAGUUUUUAAAGUUAAAUUUUAAGUGAAUGUAUAAUAUUAUUUUUGAAAUACUUUUCAAUUGUUUUAUUUAAAUACUUUUUUACAGAAUCUACCGGAAUUCACUCUAGUUUCCUUGCCCAAUUUUGUGACAAAAGAUGACUUUGGCCAACUUCUUACAAUCUACACAUUCUUAAAAGCAUUCAGCUCUGAAUUAGAAUUAGAAGGGACCUUCUCCUUCAGAACAUUGUUGAAAGCGGUCUACACUGUAUAUUCUCAGGAGUUUGAACGUUUCAUCUACAUCUUUAUCAGUGCACGCAAUGAAUGUGUAGCUACGGAAGACUUUGAUGAAGCAGAUGUCAAUGAUCCGUCUGACAUUCCUGAUGAAUAUCUUAAUGAACUGGCUGGAAAAAACGGUCUUGAAAUCAAGAAAAGAUGUAAAUUAUUGGAGGAGAUCAGAUUGAAGUACGGUCAUUCCUUGCAGUCGAUUCCAGUUGAUCAGAAGAACAUCACCGAGAUUCUGAAUCUCACUUUGCAAACUUCUGGAUUCUGCCCGCGGAAUGUGGCCAUGAAUGUGAGGAAAGAAAAAAGAGGACUGAUUAGUUGUGCUGACGACGAGUUGUUACAGUAUUCACUCAAAAAUCCUCAAGUCAUUCAGAAGCUGUCAGAGGUAAAGCAUAGACUUAAUUUUUUGUAUUAUUAUAGGCUAAUUUUGACAAUUUUUUACUAAUUACCGAAUUUUGAUCUUUAGGCACACAUAUCAGCCUUGUCAUCGUCCGAACGUCUUGAACUCUUGCACUCAUUUGUUCAAAACCUACUUACUUAUGGGAGAUUCCGUACCGUGCACGAAACUAUGUAUGCUGACUUUGACCACCUACUGGAUCAAACUCGAAAACUGUCCAUCAUCGAGGCACAGUACAAAGGAGAGUACGAAGAUACGGAGAAGUUGAUGAGCGUUUUCCGUGAUUUCAAAUUCAAGAGAAAUGGACAUUCAAAGAAGAUCGAGGGUUACCUACAAGAAUAUCGUGACAAGCCAAGCGUUUUCAAGUGCCUUAAAAUUGCGCAGAUGAAGUUCAGAUUUGAAUAUUUUGUUCAAGAAGAUCGUGAGUUGUUGUUUGACAUUCACAAGAAGGCGGUUGCCAUCAAGAUCAAGGAGAUGAGUCAGAUCGCGCAGAACAUGUUCAGUAAGUUUUCGGUAUUUUUUGUUAUUGAUACGUAAUAAUUUGACUUUUUUUGAUUUAUUGGACAGUGGUUAGUUGAAAACGACGUUUAUAUGAUUUCAGAAAAGAUGGGUGGCAUACUACUUGGUACUGAUCGGCAUCUUCGCAAAUACUAUUACAUCUAUGACCUCUCGAUUGUCUUGAUUGAAAAUGAAAACAAGUGGAGGAUCAUUACUUCGUACAAAGACAUUGGCAAAGUAAGAAAUGUGUUUUAUUUGAGUAACGGCAAAGAUUGUAUCUUAUAUUUGAAGGUGGAAUGUCAUAUUAUGACAAUUCUUAAAAGCAAUAUGAUUUGUAAUAGAAUUAUAUAGCAUAAAAGAUUAUUUUUAAUAUAUUUAUAUGUAAUCGCAAGAAAGAUUAUACUUUUUGUUGUUGUAGUUGAUGACAAUGCUUCUACCAUGUGGAAAGAGAGAAGGAAAGUUGUUGGCAGCUCUGAAGUUGUGUGUCGAGAGAAUCGGCCGAACAAGCGAAGCUUUUGGCUACACAGAGGCUACACUCUUUCAGUUCCCUACUCCAGGAAUUGAAGAGUACAAGAUGGAUCUAUUCGCUGCUGACAAUGCUGUCAGAUCUGAACUUUUGCAAUUUGGAAUCAAGGUAAGUGAAUUUAGGUAUAAUAAGGUAUUGUUGUUGAAUGUAUUUUCAACUUUCAAUAUAACAUUUUGCAUCAAAUAGCUAUCUAAAAUAUGUGAUAUUGCAGCUAUUCGAAAAGGCGUUUAUUGUUGAGCCAUUGGUGACCAAAUUUGCUGAAUGGAAGGAGAAGUUGUCGACCAAUUGUGACACAGUUGGAUUGUAUGGCGAAAAUGACUUUACUAUUGAAUACAACGACGAAGUUGUGGUUGAAAAAGAAAACGUAGCAAGUCUGUCACGAGUUCAACGAUUGGCUGUAGGGCUCUUCCAGAUCCUAAACAGCAUUCAACUGGAAUGUAUGAUGGUUCCUUUCAUCGACAACUACGACAACGGUAAUUUGUUUUAUCAAAGUAUUUAUUUUUUGAAACCAGCGUGUUUUUAAUAUUUUUUAAUCGAAAAUAACUGUUAAAUGAUAAUUAAUGAUUGUUUAUGCCUUACAGAAUUUAAACCCACUAUCACCUUGGUCGAGUUCAUGAAGUCGCUGUUGAAGAUCACGUCGGAAAGCCAGUUCUUUGUUCACUUAUCAGUAUUCGAAAACAUGAUCAGAUGGACUUAUCGUAGCUAUCUUCAAGGAAAGUGUAUUGUAUGUUCAGGCAAAGGUCCAGCAAUCAUGUUGACCAAGUGUUUAUGCUGCAAUAAUAAAGCUCAUCUGGAGUGUCUUGAUGGAGUCGAGAAGCAGGAAUGGACGUGCAAUAAUUGUAUCAGAAAGGCGGCGUCUUCUUCAAGAUCAACAGCCAGAAAAAUGAUGGAGAAAGCGAUCAAAACAGAAGAAAACGACAAGGAAAACGGAUUUGACGACAUUCAACAGCCUACUGUAAGUUCAUCCUUUGAUGUUUUAUCGGUAUAAAAGUGACUUUUUGCUAGACGACUUGAAAAUUUGUUUUUUUACACAUCUAUCGGUCAGGCACAUAAAAUAAGGAUAAAAUGGGAUAUGUCACAGCUGGACAGUUAAUCAUAUGCUUUCAGAGUACAACUCGCUCCAUGAGAAAACGCGUCAGACCACGAUACGACGACUUCAUCUACAACGACCAGUUCAAUGGCUCCAUCAAGAGUGAAGGCGACGAAAGUCAGGACUCAUCAAACACCAAAAGAUCUCGCAGAAAAGUUUAA